ACCGAGGUCUUUUCUCCGGAUGACAUGGCUUCUGAGGAAUUUGAUGGAGGAUUAGCGGCAGCGUGUGUGAUCUUGGGCCUAUGCUUUCUGGUUGGGAUCCCUGGCAACCUACUGGUGAUCUGGACCAUCCUACAUCACGUGAAGCAACGCUCGCACACAGUGGUACUCAUCCUUCACCUUGCUGUCGCUGACCUUCUGGUGCUCAUCACACUGCCUCUGUGGAUCUAUUCAUUGGCCAAAUCUUGGGUCUUUGGAGAGAUCUGCUGCAAAGUCAUGUAUUUCAUGAUCAAUGCCUGUAUGUAUGGAAGCGUUUUCUUAAUUACCCUCAUGAGCGUGGAGCGUUUUUUGUCCGUGCGUUAUCCUUUCACCUCAGCUGUUUGGAAGAGGAAAAAUGCCUUAAGUAAAGCACUGCUGUUCCUUUGGACUGCCGCCUUCUUGUUCAGUGUGCCCGCACUCAUCACGCGGGUUAUCGAUAAGGAGGAUUCAGGAGAGGAGCACUGUUUGUACAGCCAGUACACCUCAGACACACAGGAGUUAGUGUGUGUGCUGCUGGAGACCCUGGUGGGCUAUGUAUUGCCAUUCUCCAUCCUGGUGGUGUGCUAUGGAUGCCUGUCUAGCCGCAUUUCUCAGAUGAAUUUCAAGUCCAAGCGCAAGUCUACGAUCCUCAUCGCCAGCGUGGUGGUAUUUUUCGCCAUUUGCUGGACGCCCUACCACAUCGGAAACUUACUCUCAUUGGUUACCCUUGCCACGGCUAAUUCUUUCCCAGAUAUUGGGAAUCAUUUGGAGGAUGUGCGAAACAACAUGGUUUACAUCAGCGGAGCAAUGGUUUUUAUCAGCAGCACAAUCAACCCUGUUCUGUACAUGUUUGCUGCCCGCUCCUUUCGCAGUUCUUUAGGUGACACUGGCAUCCGCAAGCUCUUCCGGCACAUUUCCAGUACCUCUCCAGGUGAGGGCAACAAGGAGUUCUCCUUUGUGUCCAAGAGACAAAACAAUCAGACCAGCAGCUCUCAGUGUAAUUCUGAGACAAAGGAGCAAAGUGACAUUUGUGGAAACAACAUAUCCUAG